CAGCAUGAGAAACGUCUGCAGUGAGCUUUGUGCUUAAUGUUUGAGCAUUUAAGGACAAUUUGAAGAAACAGACUUCCAGCUCGCUUGACGUUUCCAUACGCUCUUAUAUUAGUGUAUUGACAUUAACAUUAACAUUAGCAUUAGCUCACGUCCUGCAGUACAAUGUCAGCAGCACCAGAAGCAGCAGCAAGAGGAGCAGACGCCCCAGUGUCAAAAUCCAACCAGAUGCUCAAGAACUGCUGGAGUUGCCGGCUCGUCUCCGGCGGUGGUUUGCUCCUGUCCGGGGCUUAUGUGUUCAACGCAGCCCGGAAAGUGAUGCGCCAAGGCGGCCCUACAUCUAUGGGGACCGUGGCGCAGAUUACAUUCGCUGCAUGUUUGGCUGCGUGGGGGAUUGUUAUCAUCGCUGACCCGGUUGGAAAAUCAGAGAGGAAGACGUAAAGACUAUUCUGGAACAAAUAACUGCAUAAUAAAUGUGUAAAAUAUCUCAAACAUGGACUGCAAGAUGUCAUUCAUGGGACAGUAAUGACACCAAGCCAAGGAAGCCACUGUUGAGAUGUCAAAGAAAACAUGAUCUGUUAUGUGUGUGUGUGUGAGGUUUGAUUUGUGUUGGCACUGUGUGGACUGACCAAGCAUCCUGUAAUAUUGGAAGCUAUUCAGUAGUUGAAUUAAAGAUUAAAUAAAUCAUAUAUUUGGUUAAAAUUG